AUGCCUUGUGAGGUUAUGACACUUGAUAUAAUAGAUAUUAUGGGAACUAAUAUUUAAGACAUAGCAGGUUCAUUAUAUAAAAAGAGAAUAUCAAAAGAAGGAGUGUUUAUUUCUCAAACAUCAAUGCUUGACAUGGUUCAGACACGUUAAGAUUUGAUGAAUAAAGUAAAAGAAGAACUUGAUCAAGAAAUGGGCUGUCAUCUUGAGGGCUAUUUCAGUAUAAAUAGAGUUCCAGGUAGUUUUUUUAUUAGCACAAUGUAGCAUGAAGAUUUAGUAGUUGGUCUUUAACAGUAGGGUUAUAGUUUUGAUUUUAGUCACACAGUUUAUCAUGUUUCUAUGGGUAGAAAGGCUUAUAAUGAACAUAUGCAAAAGGAAUACCCAGAUAAGAUAGGUGAGAUUAGCAUAGGACCUUAUGCAUUCUCUUCAAAUAAAGAUAGCAAGGACAAACCAUUCGGUCUUGAAACCAAAUUCUUUAUCACUGCAAUAUCUACUUAAUAUAAUUAACUAUCUGAGAUACUUUAUCAAUUAACGUAUACUAAAAAGACUUAUUCAAAUUCUGAGAUGGACAAUCUACUAAGCUUUAAUUAUGAGAUAUCACCUUUGUCAGUAUUUUUUAAAGAAGAAAAAGAAAAUUCCAUUGACUUCUUUAUACAUAUAACUGGAAUGAUUGGCGGUAUAUUCACUAUUGCUGGGAUAAUUGAUACAAUAUUACACCAAUCUGUGGCUGUGCUCUUCAAGCAAAGAAUAGGAAAGCUAUAUUAGAGAAAUAGCAAUAAUAGCAGCAUCAGAAUGUAUAUCAAACCUAGAAUAUUGGAGUUCCUGCCAGCAUGUAUGCAUAACCUCACUACUAGCCACCAACUUCUUAUUAGGCAUAGUAUGGAGGUAUGUAUGGUGCUCAAGGAUACCCCUAAUAAUACAAUAAUUAUUAUCCUGCAAAUUAUUAUGGUCAGGCUGCCCCUGGUGGAGUUGCAUCGUAUUGGUAGCAACCUUCCCUCGGGCAAAGCUUUAACUACAGUCAAGGUUAUCAGAACAGCUAGUAUACUACUCAAGCUAGCAGCUCUUAAAAUACAAGUUAGUCUAAUUCUGCGAUUCAGUCUUCUCAAUAGAAUAUAUCACCCGAAAAUGAAAGUGAAAAGUCAAAUUCCAAAUGGAGUCAGCCAAUUACAGUACAUGAGAUUGAAUAAUUCAGAUAGAGAUAUAUGCCUUGGUCUAACUGAAUAGAAUCCAGCAGCAGCUGCAGCCAUGAAACUUAGCGUAAAGUGCCCAGACAAACUCUCCUCCUACAUUGAGAGGGCUUUCCAGAAAUGCAUCAAUUAGUAAGAGCGUGACUUUAUGGAUGCAACACUUAAAAAAAUAUGCAAUGCUUGCAAAGUCAGGGGCAAUUUACUCUCCAAAGAUUGGGAUGCCCUCCAACUGCCAAGUCUUCCUAGAGAAGGUCCUCAAUAUACGACCAUAAAUGCCCGACUUGAGAACAUGGACGUAAUUAUUCCCCCAUCUACUAAUUUUCAAUCUAAUUAAAACUUGCAAUCAUUUUAGCUUUAGCCUUAAGUGCCUUUAUCUUAACAGAAUCCUUCCCUUAUAUCUAGUUUUUCUUAGAACAUUACUUUCAACAAAUAGCCACUUAUCGCACCCUAACUCAAAACUUUCUAAAAUAGCAACCUAGUGAGUAAUUCUGCUGAGUAAGUAAGUGAGGAAGAUAUGAAAAAAAGAAAACAGAGGCUAGAAAAAUUCAACUCUUAAGCUUAAAGCACACCUCCUACUUCUACUCAAAAAUUAUCAAGCUUUUCUUCUGUCCAAAACUCCAAACAUGAUAAAUUUUCUAGUUUAUCAAAUAAAAAUUCAAUUAGUUAUAGUAGCAGUAAUAAGACAUAGGGGACAUGCACAAGGCUUGAAAAGUCCUAUUUCAGAUUGACAUCUGCCCCAGAUCCAUCAGAUGUAAGACCAGAGUCUGUUUUAAGGAAAGCCUUGAAGAUGAUUCUGAAUAAAUGGAAAUAUAAAGAGACUGACUAUCGAUAUAUUGAUGAGUAAUUUAGGUCUAUGAGGUAAGACAUGACGAUUUAGCGACUUGAAAAUGAAUUCUGCGUGAAGGUUUAUGAGGCACAUGCAAGAAUAGCACUUGAAUGUGCUGACUUAGAUCAGUUCAAUUAAUGCCAGACUUAGCUUCACCAUCUGUAUAAAUCAGGCAUGCAAGGUCAUAGAAUUACCGAGACAUUGAAGAUGCUUAAGUCACUUUCUUUUGAGGAAAAGUAAUGCGAACCAAUUUAACACGCACUAAGCGUCAGGAAGUAAUUGGCAUCAGGAAAUUAUGCAAGAUUUUUUAAGCUCUAUCGAACAGCCCCUAACAUGGGAGGCUAUUUGAUGGAUGUUUUCAUUGAGAAACUUAGGAUUAUGAGUCUAUAAAAAAUGGCUUUAGCAUACAUUGCAGGGAAUGUUGAGGUGGGAUAUCUAAGCCACAUUUUGGCUUUUGACGAUCAGAAACUUGCAGAUUAGUUUCUAUGCUAAAUUGGUAAUUUAUCCUUUUCUCAUUUCUUUUUGGUAGGUUGUAAGAUAGUACAACAGGAAGAUGGCAAGAGGUAUAUAGUAUGUAGAGAGAGUCUCCCAGCAAUAAAAAAGGCGCCUUUGAAAGUAAAGACGUGCCAAAAGUGA